AUGCUUGGAAGGUGGGGGGCCCAGGAGCCUCUAGGACUGCAGAUUGGUUUGAAGACCUUGUAUCUGACCAUCUCUGACCUCUACAGGAAAACCUGGCAUCCCUUCUUCUCUUUUUUUCUUUUGGGCAAGUGGGUGGGGGGUGGGCUGGGGGGGAGUGACACGGCAGCUGUCCAUUUCCAGUCGAUGUCCAUGAAUGCAAACACAAUGAUAUUUAUGAUCCUGGGGGCCUCUAUUGUUAUGGCAAUUGCGUGCUUGAUGGAUAUGAAUGCACUCUUGGACCGAUUUCACAAUUACAUCUUACCGCAUUUGAGAGGCGAAGAUCGAGUUUGCCACUGCAACUGUGGAAGGCAUCAUGUCCAUUACGUCAUCCCGUACGACGGAGACCAAUCCGUGGUGGAUUCUUCCGAGAACUACUUUGUGACUGACAAUGUCACCAAGCAGGAAAUUGAUCUGAUGCUGGGACUCUUACUGGGCUUCUGCAUAAGCUGGUUUCUGGUCUGGAUGGACGGGGUGCUCCAUUAUGCCGUACGAGCGUGGAGGACAAGCCGACGGUAUGAAAACUCUUGGUCCUGGAUUCCAAAAUUUUGUAACUUCAGGGAGUUCAGGAAACGUCAUCACCGGCAGUACGACGAGUCUACUGGAAACAUGGUCCACAUCAAACAGAAGCUGUACCAUAACGGGCACCCCAGCCCCAGACACCUCUGA